AACACCAUGAUGUCAUCUGUAUCCAGUAUAGAACCUGUGUACCUGGUAACAUUCCUGGUGACUAUCGUCGUCUGCCUCUCCAUCUUCAAGUUCAUCGGUCCAUGGAUAUUGAGAAGGAUGACAAACAAAUAUGACACCCUGUCCUUGACCAAAAGAGUGGAGGUAAACGAAACGAUGAUGGCGCUGGCCCAUUCGUUAGUGGUUGGUCUGGCAUCCUGGUAUGUGUACUUAACAAUGGACGACAUCAAACCUACACUGACCAGGUACAAUUCUCCACCUGUCCUGUUCAUCGAUUCUAUCUUCUUUGGGUUCAGUGUCUCGGACCUGAUCUUGCUGCUAAUCUAUCGUGCUUUUGGACUGCCUUUUGUCGCACAUCACAUUAUGGCUGCAUUCAAUGGAUACGUUGUCUUGGCUUACCGCUCCAUGCCUUACUACUGCCUGACAGGGAUGAUGAUGGAGCUGUCUGGUCCAUGUGUCAACAGUAGGUUCCUAAUGAAGGUACUGGAUGUCGACCAGACGUCGUCACUUUACAUCUGGAACAGUGUCGCUAUGUUGGCGUCCUUCAUCGCUUUCCGGAUGACGGCAAACGCCAUCAACGCCUACAACCUGUUCUGGCUCGCCUUCACAGACGACUUUUAUCAGCUGACUUUGGCGGAGUACGUCUGUUUUGUCGGAGGUGUCCUCAUGUUUUCAGUGCUGAACUGCAUCUGGUUGAGUAAAAUGAUCAAAGGGGCAAUGAGACUUUUACGUGGGGAUAAGAAAUAUGACUGAACUUUCUUAAACAGUCAUUUCUUCAUGUACACCAUAUUUUUAUUUUAGAUUUUUUUGGGAAAGGUUGAUAUGCACAAGAAGUGGGAUUCCCCUUGUUUAAAAAAAAAGAGAUUUUGAUUUUAAAAAGAAAAAAGUUGAUUUUAUGUAGUGAAAUAACUAUAUAGAGUGACAUAUUUUAUGCUGCUAGAUACUUGUAGUUAUUGUUUUUAUUUGAAAAGAAAUUCAUGUAAUGAAGCAAUUUACUAUGUACACAAUAUUUCAUGCUGCUAGAUACUUGUAGUUAAACUUCUACAAGAUGACCAGUUUUGGAGAAGUUAAAUGUAUUGCAAAAAUUACACGACCUUUAGGUCGAAGUGUAUUUUAUUCAAUAUUUAUUAGGAGUUCUGAACCAACUAGAUUGUUUUGUUGAACUUGUGUGAUAGACAUUGUAUUUAUUAUAAAGAAACUAAUAGGUAGAAACACAACUAUUGCAACUCAGUGCUGAUCCAAGCAUUGUGUAAGACUAAGGAGGAAAAAUGUUUUGUUAUAAAAAUGUGAUUCCUGUUACAGUUAGUUGGCACCACAAUUUACCUUCCAAUGUUUGACACACAUUACCGCGGUAUGUUACA